AUGGCAACACUCUGUCUUUCCCCCACCCUGACAGGCCUCACGCGCACCCCCCGCCUGGCACGCGACCCGACGCCUGGUUCCAGGUGCCACUCUGUGAGGUCAUCGGGAUCAGAUCCCUUGCGGCCACCACGGGUCGGAGGCUGCAGGAGCCCCGUUCCUUCACAGCUCAGUCUGGAGGUGGUUUCAGACCUGCGCUCUCGGCAGGCCAUCCCCGCCCCCAGCCUGGAGGGCGGAUGUCCCCAGACCCCGGGUGAUGGGUCGCCCUGUCAGCUGAUCCCUGGAGUAACGUCAGAGGUCGGUGCCGCGGCCCCGCUGCUGUUUCGGGAGCGCCCCCGCGGCCCGGGUGGGCUGCCCGCUCGGCGGGCCACAGCUCGCGAAGCCCCGUCCGCGCAGGAGCUGCCCCAGAGGCUGUGGCCGGGUCCCCGCGGUCCGGGAGCCGAGGAGCAGCCCCUUCUCAGCAGCCUGGUGGCGGCGCAAGCCUUGGCCAGGGUCAUCCGGCCGUGCUACGGCCCCUACGGCCUCCAGAAGCUCCUGGUGACCGCCAAAGGCGAGACGGUCUUCACGGGGGACGCCACAGCCAUCCUGGACGCCCUGCAGUUGGAGCACCCCGCCGCCCGGCUGCUACGGGACGCGGCGCUGGGCCAGGCCGAGCACUGCGGCGACGGGGCGGCUUUCGUGGUGCUCCUGGCCGAGGCCCUGCUGGCGCAGGCCGAGCUCCUGCUGCGGGCCGGCCUGCCCCGCACUCAGCUCCGGGAGGCCUACGCCGCCGCUACCGCGGAGGCCCUGGCCCUGCUGCCGUCGCUGGCGAUCCGGUCGCUGGGGCCUUUGGAAGACCCGUUCUGGGCCCUGUAUUCGGUGAUGAACACCCAUGCGCAGUCCCAGGCGGAGUCCUUGGCCCGGCUGGUGGCGCACGCGUGCUCGGCGGCCAGGGAGCCUGACGGCACCUUCCGCCCGGAGCGCAUCGGCGUGUGCGCGCUGCCGGGCGGGCAGCCGGAGGACGCGUGCCUGCUGCCGGGGCUGGCCGUGCCGGGGCGGCCCUGCGGGCAAGUGGCCGUGGUGCUGGGCGGCGCCAGGGUGGCUCUCUUUUCCUGCCCCUUUGGGCUCGCCAGUCCAAAUGCCCCCGCGAUGGCACGUCUCACCAGCCCUGCUGAACUCGUUCAGUUUAGGAAAGGGAGCGAGCGCCUGAUCGAAACGCAAGUAGCGCAUCUGAGAGCUGCGGACAUCAACGUGGCGGUGGUGUGCGGGGAGGUGGAGGAGAAGGCCCUGGCCCAGGCGGAUAGGGCCGGCCUCAUGGUGAUCCGCGUCAGGGCCCCGCGGGAGCUGGCCGGCCUGCGCCAGGCGCUGAACACGCCUGUCAUGCCUCGCCUGGCCGCGCCGCCGGAGCCGGGGAAGUGCCAGCGGGUGUACGGGCAGGAGCUGCGGCAAGGCCUGGCCGUGGUGUUUGAAUGGGACCCCCCGGGCACCCCCGCCCUCACCGUGGUGGUCAGGGGCGCCACGACGGCUGGGCUCCGGGCCGCGGAGCAGGCCGCCCACCACGGGAUUGACGCCUACUUCCAGCUGUGGCAGGACCCCCGGCUGCUCCCGGGGGCCGGCGCCACGGAGAUGGCCCUGGCGAAGAUGCUCUCCGACCGGGGGACCGCACUGGAGGCGCCGCGGGGCCUCGUGCUCCUGGGACUGGCCCAGGCCCUGCACUCUCUGCCGGCCGCCUUGGCGGAAAAUGCGGGCUUGGCUGCCGCCCGCGUGAUGGCGGACGUGAGCGCCGCCCACCAGGCCGGGCACUCGCUGGCCGGGGUGGGCGGCGAAGGCCUGAUCAACGCGGCCCAGGGGGAGGUGUGGGACACGCUGGCAGCCAAGGCCCAGGGCCUCCGAGCCGCGGCCGACGUGGUCCUGGAGCUCCUGACUGUGGACGAGAUCGUGGUGGCCAAGGACAGUGGGCCGCGCCAGGAGGGCCCGAAUCCCAACCCUUAGAAGGCAAAGGGACGCCAGAGCGCACUGGGAGCCAAGAGAGUCUGGGCUGCAGCCGCUUUUAGCAUCAG